AUGAACGAUUAUUCAUUUGGUCGAGUGCAAACUUCCAAAACCAGUAUUGAGUUUUCCCAACGAUUUCUCACACAGCAAACUCCAAAUCAUCAAGGAAAGACUAUUAAAUGGUAUACACCCCCGUUUCAUACCGUUCGAACCAGCAGUAUAUCCACUGUAUUUAACAUCUUCGACUGUACCAUAUUGAUUCGAUUUUCCCAACGUUCGAUUCUCUCUAUCACUUUCUUUGGCUGUAAAAAAACGAAUGGCUUCGAAACAAAUUCUGUUAAUCUUAAUUUUAUUGAAUAUCACUUAUGCUGCUCCAGCUCGAUUUUAUUCGAUACAGAAGUACCUUCAACUGAUACAACCGUGCGCACCGGAUUGUGA